AUGAGAACACUGAUUCCAUGUAGGCACAGAAAUCCUGCUUUGCUUUGCUUUGCUUUGUCGCCAGCCAGAAGAUACCUACGUACCUUACGGCAAACACUUGUCAUUUCGCAUGAGUGUGGUGUGGAUGGCCGGAAGGGUCCUCUCUCUCUCUCUCUCCAUCCAUCCAUCCAUCCAAAUGAGGAUACACCACCCUCCACAGAACCACACCACACACAUACGCCCACACGCACACACACACACCUAAACGACAGACCCACGCAACGUGACAGACCGACCUCUAUCUCUCCAGCUAUAGGAGCCUUAGCUAUCUGUCCACCCUGAGACACGCACAGGGGAAGAGUUGGGACGAGCCGAUGCUCAAUAGAGCAUUCCAUUCAUGUGAGUGAUUGACCAUACUGACUGAUAAUCAGACAGACAGACAGACAGGCAGGGAGGGAGGGAGUCAGGGAGGGAGGGGGGUAAAAUGGCACACACAAGAGAUGCCGCGCCCCGGUGCGUUGGGUCGUCAUCCACAGGUACUACAGACGACACGACAGACAACAUUGCGAUCGACCUACGCACGCUCACGGUCACGGGGUGGCCGGGUGGGGAAUUAGUUACAUCAACAAACAAACAAACAGCAGGAUAUAUGCGAUGAUGCAUUGCGAUAAUAAUAUACUGGCCACACACUGACUGACUGACUGACACGGGGUCGGUCGGUCGUUUAAACACAUUCCAUGGCAUCCAUCGCACGUACACACAUACGCAGAAAACAUGAAAAGGCGGACAGACAGACAGGCAGGCAGGCUGACUAAAGAAUCACUCGCUCUGGUAGAGGUACCUGCAGUCAACGCACACAAACCACACACACCGACCAUGGAGACUAAUCGCCCCAUAUGUGUGUGCGUGUGCGUGCUGACCCAUAGUAGACGAGCUGUUUCUUGCUGCCGCACUGCUUGUCAGUCCCCGGCACACGCACGGCCCUCACACGGAGGGUGGCGUCAGUGCCGCCACCAAUGGUGCACCUCUCCUUGUUGUCCAGCACAGCCUUGCUCUCCGUCACGGCCUUGUUGCUGCUCUUGUCCACGCAGCUCAGGUCAAGGUUAGCCCACGUCUGACCCUUCUCCGCACGAGGAUCAAACCUACACAAUCACACACACACACACACACGAGGAUACCUCUCCCUGUGUCUCUCUCUCUGUGCGGUAGCAGACAGACUCACCAAAAAAUGACGGCAGUGAGUUUGCCGACGUCCUCAUCCAGUGGGCCGACUUCGAUGUCCACCUCCUCGCCAUCCGCCACACACAUGGUUCCGAGCGCCACGCCAGCCGGCUCCUUGAGCUUGUCGAAUCGCUCUGCCUUGAGCACGCCGCCGCCGUAGAGUCGGUCGAAGCCGUGGUCGAGGAACUUGUCCUUGCCGGCCUUGAAGUUGGUCUGCAACAGGGUGGCCACCAUCAUGACGCCGGGGUCGUGGACGUCUUUGCCGAAAUCAGACGACAAAUACCUGGAAGGGGAAGGAGACACACACAACACAACACAUGGAUCUAGGUGUCAUGUGUGUGUGGUUCGACCCCACCGACCAGUCUGAGAAGAGGGCAGCGUAUCCGGCCAUGACAGGUGAGGCGAAAGAGGUGCCGCCGCCGUCAGCGAGGUACUUGCCGUCCUUAUCGUACAUGGACGUGUACAGCCCCUGGCACACCACAUCAACGAUCGACCGAUCCGUCUCGUAGUCGCCCUCAGACGAAAAGUAACUAAGUCACACACACGCAAGCAAAAGCACGUCCGUCUCUGAGGGAGGGCAUCCAUCGUGUGCUCUCUGCUGCGCUGUGUGUGUCGGGUCAGGCGUACGAGAUUUCCUCGCCGACGCAGUUGGUGCCUUCUUCGAGGUCCUCGAAUCCUCCCAGGCUGCCGACGGUGAGGACGGCGUGUGCCAUGCCGGGCGAGGCGGCGCUGCAGGUCUCGGCGUCCACCGCGUCACGCUCGUUGCCGCUCGCCGCGAUGAGCAACUUGCCGUUCUUGAAGAAGGAAUUGCCCACCUUGCUGCCGCCGUCGGUGCCCAAGCAGUCCUUCUCGUAGCCACCGGCCGAGAAGUUGAUGAUGUUCGGGCACUGGGCUGCAUUGCAGCCAAACCAGACACAUCCGUGCAGACAACAGACACCGUGUGUGUAUUGUGUGGUUGGGGGGUGAGUAAAUGAAUACUCACUGUGUUUUUUGUCGCAGGCGAGCGUGGCGUCGAGUGCAGCGGCGAGGGACGAGUCGAAUCCGCUGGUUUGGUAGUGACAGAGGGAGCACUUGGGGCAGACCCCCGUGUGCGCCUUGUUCCAGUCGUCGUCGACCUCCUCGUACUCGCUGGUGGCCUGGCCAUUCAUGGCGUCCCCGGCAGCCAGGCCCAUGACGUUGGUGGCGUGCUCCGACUCGUCCUUCUCGUCGUAGGUCUUGACCUCCUUGCAGCCCUUCUCUUCGUCGAUGCAGUUGUAGAGGUACCCGCCCUUGGGCGCCGUGAAGCGGAAGGGGCCGCCAGCGCUCGCCCGGAAACCCAUGUGCUCGUUGUUGACGCCACUGUCGCUGAUGUAAAAGGGCACCUGAGCGACAGACAUGACACAUUGGUCUCAUCUCAUCCUCUGCGUGUCGUGUUUGUGUCACCGGCGUACCUCUGCAAUGCCGAGAGGGACGUUCUCCCUGCCGUAGUAGGUGCCGGCUCCGUUGUAGUCGGGGUAGAACUUGUCGAAGUGGUGAAUUUCAUUGCGGUGGCGGCCGUCACACACCAGCCGGCGACGGGGGGCGCCAUUGGCGUCGUCUUUUCCCGCUGAGAGCUGCCUUCGGUCCUGGCUCAUGGCGACUUCAUCUGUUGGGGUGGCUGGCGUGAUGAUCUCCCUCUUGACGUCCUCGGCGAUGAAAUCGAUGUCGGGGUGGGCUGUCAGCAGCUCCUCAAUCUUGCCUGACGCACACAGAUACAUAGAGGAAGGACAUGAGGGAGGGAGCACUCUAGUGUGUGUGUGUGUGUAUGGGCGGGGCGGGUAUGGGAUGGAUGUACUUACCGAUUUUGAGGUUGGCCACGACGAUGGGAGUGUACUCGCCCGACUGCAGCACCUUCCCCUUUAGUCUGUCGAUGCCGUACUUGAUGGAGGCCACCCGCAUGGCGGUGUCGUUGCCCCUCCCGUCCAUGAUCCUCUCCUUGCAGUCCCGCAAGUCCGCCAUCGUCCUCACCUCCCCCCUGCCCAUCGAGCGCUUCAGCUGGUGCUGCACGUCCAUGCUCGUGUCGGUGCGGCCCCCGAACACCAGCAGCUUCAGGGCGUGGCCCUCGUCACUCGGACUCCGCUUGCCGUCCUCAUGCUCCUGCCGGAACUGGUUGAGCUUGGCCUGCAGCGAUGACGCCACGCGCAUCUCGUCACCCUCCUCUGCCAGGGAGAAGGCAGCGCCUUUCUUGGCAGCGAAUGGCAGCUGCUGAAAAGCGGCGGCCUCAGCCGCCAGCCACUCGGCCUGCUCGUUCUUGUCGGCCUGGCGGAAGGGGAGCUCCACGAUGGUCUGGGUCAUGGUGGUGUCGCCCUCCUUGCUGAUGGUAAGGCCCUCCAUGCUGGCAUAGCGCAGGCCACUGGGGGAGUCGACCGCCUCGUACAGAGGCACCUUCGGCGGCGUGUCCAGCACACCUGCAACACACGGAGAGUGUCGGGGCUGUCACUCACUGCCUCUCUCUCGGCCCUCCCUCCCUCCCUCCCUCCCUCCAUUUCACCGUUUGCCACCAUCUCCUGCUGCGACACGUAGAAGUUGACAAACGGGUGUUUGAAGGGCGCCUCUCCCUUCUGCUGCUGUGCCUCCCCGGCCCGGAGAGAGGCGUCAUCUACUGCUUGUGCCCGGCAGCAAGGUGAUGACGCGAGUGCGAUAAGGCAGCAGCAUAGCAGGGCUGCCCUCGUCAUCUAUCUGACGCCUCACAGGCUCCCUGCUCACUACCGCGGCUGUGACGUCGGCGUCUGCUGGGAGGGAGGGAGGGAGGGAGGGAGAGAGAGGGAGGGA